CCUUUUCUUUUUCCCGAGUCGAAUCCGACCAGUCGACCACCACAACCUAGAGCGAACGGCCGAACGCCGCUUCCCUCUCAUAGGACUUUACUCCUGGUACCAAAUUGAAAAAAUAAAGACUCACUUCUCCUACUCUUUAGCCCCUUCUUUCCAAAUCCUCCUCACGAAGUUGGAUUUCGUGAUCAAUCAGAGAGACGAGGACGACGAGAAAUGAGGAAACGAGACUUGGCCAUUCUGCUUCUCUCUGCUUUUGCUAUAUUCUUCUCUCUUCAGCACGAAGGCGAUUUUUCAUUCAAGGAGGCGUGGUUUCACCUUUUGGACGAGUACCCCAUCAAAUAUGAGGCUGAACGUCUCCCGCCACCAGUAGUUGCCGAUCUUAAUGGUGAUGGAAGGAGUGAAAUUCUCGUGGCAACUCAUGACGCCAAAAUUCAGAUUUUGGAGCCUCAGAGUAGGCGAGUAGAUGGAGGAUUCACUGAAGCACGCCUGAGGGCCGAGGUCUCCUUGUUGCCUGACAAAAUCCGCGUUUCAUCUGGGAGACGUGCUGUAGCCAUGGCCACAGGUGUUAUUGAUCGUACCUAUAAACACGGGGAAGUACAGAAACAGGUCCUCGUUGUUGUCACGUCAGGUUGGUCAGUUAUGUGUUUUGAUCACAACCUCAAAAAGCUAUGGGAGACGAACUUGCAGGAGGAUUUUCCACAUGGUGCUCAUCAUAGGGAGAUAGCAAUUUCUAUAAGUAACUAUACCCUAAAGCAUGGAGAUGCAGGAUUGGUUAUCGUUGGAGGGAGGAUGGAAAUACAGCCACAUAUUUCCCUAGAUCCUUUUGAAGUGAUUGGAAUGACAGAGAAAAGUGCUGAGCAGCACAGAAGAAGUGCCACUGAGAAGGAGGCUUUUGAGAACUCUGGUACUGUGGACUUGCGACAUUUUGCAUUUUAUGCAUUUGCUGGUCGCACUGGAAUACUCCGUUGGAGUAGAAAGAAUGAGAAUAUUCAGAUGCAAUCGUCAGAUACUGCAAUGUUAAUCCCCCAACAUAAUUACAAGCUUGAUGUUCAUUCUCUAAAUGCUCGUCAUCCUGGAGAGUUUGAAUGUAGGGAAUUCAGAGAAUCAAUUCUUGGGGUCAUGCCACAUCACUGGGAUAGGAGGGAAGACACUUCUUUCCACCUGACAAACUUCAGAAGGCACAAACGAAAAUCAUUGAAGAGAGUUCCUGGGAAAAGUGCAAAUUACCCUUUCCAUAAGCCCGAGGAAAACCAUCCUCCAGGGAAGGACUCAACAAAGAAAAUUGCAAAUUUUAUUGGGAAAGCAGCAAACUAUGCUGGCUCUGCAAAAUCCAAGAAGCGGUUACCUUAUUUUCCCACCAUAACAAAUCACACUCAGCUAUGGUGGGUUCCUAAUGUGGUAGUGGCUCAUCAGAAGGAAGGGAUAGAAGCAGUUCAUUUGGCUUCUGGCCGCACUGUUUGUAAGCUUCAUCUUCAAGAAGGUGGCCUCCAUGCUGAUAUCAAUGGAGAUGGCGUCCUGGAUCAUGUUCAGGUUGUUGGAGGUAAUGGUGUAGAGCAGACUGUGAUAAGUGGAUCCAUGGAAGUCCUCAGGCCAUGUUGGGCCGUAGCCACAUCUGGUGUUCCUGUACGAGAACAACUCUUCAAUGCUUCUAUAUGCCACCAUUCCCCAUUCAAUAUGUUUCAACACGGAGAGUUCAGCAGAAGCUUUGGUCGCAGUCAUGAUGUAGGUUCUUUAGAGGUAGCAACACCCAUUCUCAUUCAAAGAAAUGAUGGUCAUAGGCAUCGGAAGGGAAGCCUUGGUGAUGUUAUUUUCUUAACAAACCGGGGGGAGGUGACAUCAUAUUCCCCAGGCUUACAUGGUCAUGAUGCUAUUUGGCGGUGGCAGCUUAUAACAGGUGUGACAUGGUCGAACCUUCCAUCUCCGGCAGGGAUGAUGGAAUCUGGAGUAGUAGUGCCUACACUGAAGCCAUUCUCCCUGCGUGUACAUGACAACCAAGAAAUCAUUCUUGCAGCAGGAGAUCAAGAAGCUGCGGUUAUAUCUCCUGGAGGCAGCAUACUAACUACACUUGAUCUUCCGGCACCUCCCACCCAUGCCCUGAUCUGUGCGGAUUUCUCAAACGAUGGCCUCACUGAUAUUAUUCUUGUGACAUCCAAUGGGGUAUAUGGGUUUGUACAGACUAGGCAGCCGGGUGCCCUCUUCUUUAGCACGCUUGUGGGUUGCCUUAUUGUUGUGAUGGGAGUCAUAUUCGUCUCCCAACACUUGAACUCCGCAAAGGGAAAACCUCGACCUUCUACUGAUUAUAGAUAGAUGACAAAUACGGUUUUUGAAUAGAUGCGGCUUCUGAGCUUCUUAUUUUCUUCCAACAUCACUGGCCUGAUAAGGAAUCACCUCCGCCUGGCCCCUUUCAGGGCAGCAAGGGAUUACAAAUUGUUCGAAGUCUACCCGAACCGUUUUUCCUCUUCCAACAGCUAUAUUUACCGUGUUAUCUGACGAGUUUAUGUAUGUUGCUUGUAUUAUUUCUGUAAUGUAGGUUAUUAAGAGAUUCUGAAUCUGAACUAAGGCUCCAUGUCUUUCCAUAGAUUUCCAAAGAUACAUCUUACAAAAUAUUAUAAUUUUGUUAAAUUUCUUGAUUAGUCCUUUAACCUGGAUA